AUGUCGUCGCUCAUCGUUUCGCACGAUUCGCAUUUAAUGAUGUUGGAAAUCGCUGUGGAAAAUUUGUUUAUCCCUUGGACCUCCGAGUUCGACAAAGUCAUCUUGAAGAAGACGAUCGUUAUGUUUCGCAUGCUGGACGAGGAGUGGACAUCGCUGGCGCCGAAUCGGCGCGAUCAUCGCCCUUAUCGCGGCUCCUGUUCCGAAAACGAGAAUUUCUACGGCGGUAAAUCCAUCAUCUUUUGCGUACCUGCAAGAUUCUUCGAGAAAAAAGCGAUCGAUGUCGAUGUACAGCUCUACGUGCAGAGAGAAAUGUGCGAGUAUUUCGAGAUGGACUUGUGCCAGAACGUCGGUUUCGCCACCGUGUCGGUCGAUGAUCUUCUGAAUGGCAUCGCCAAGCAGAUGCGCGAGCGGAACGAAUUGUCGGAGCAUUUGUCGGACUUGUAUAAGCAGCAGAUUAUCUCGAGGUCCGCGACGGGAACUUAUAAUCUGCUUGACGAAAAUUUCCGGAAUACCGCGGCCACGAUCUCACUCUACAUCCGGAUCAGCUGCCUCGGCAAGUGCCUCGUAACCGAGAUUACACGCAUCGAAAGUGGCAUGUACGGCGCGUUCUGCGCUCGUAAGGAAUCGGAUAAGGAACAGUAUCUCGCUCGACAGUUGACACCAGACGAGCUUCAAAGCGGUCACAGGGACGUCAAAGAUUUACCUCGUAUCCCUCGCGGACGCUUAGUAUGCCGCUGCGAGGAGCUAAGAAAGAAAGAUCUCCCCGCGGAUUUAGCCGCGAGAAAAAAAAGAAGAAGAGAACCCACUGCGCGCUCAGCUGACGCUGAUAGAUUUGUCACGACACCUACUACAAAUGCAGCGCGAGAUGCAGUCGGGAUCGCAAAGACGAGGAACUCAAUUGCAAAGAAUCCUGCAGACGUUGCCAUAAUUAAAAGGGAAGAAGCACUCGCUGAUUACGGUGCCUUGGACGAUGCUGAUGUAGAUGCGCUUGAAGACGCGCAGGAAAAAAUCGUCGUGACAGAUGCUGCUGCCAUAGCUGCAGAUACUGCCAUAGCUGCAGAUACUGCUACCAUAGCUGCAGAUGCUGCAGACGCGAUUAGAAGAAAAGUGCCUACUGAUAAUCUUGGUGCUUUAGGUAAAAUAGAUAUGCCAAAGAACGUGCAAUUGCGAGAACGAAAGCGAAAAGAGACGCGAUAAAGGAUAACGGAAGAAAGACUUUCAAGAAAGCAAAAGAUACGGCAACAAUCGGUAUCGCGGAAAGAGGGAUGAGAAUCUUCCCUUCCGUUCCUGCGUCCGUGUCUCCGUGUCUGCAAACAUAUCCUUCGUGUUUUCAAUUGCAACCACUUUUAACUUGUUUUCCCUACUUCGACGUUUCGUUAUGUUGCCCGUGUUAUAGGACGAAGGACAUUGUCAAUUGUCCUCUUGAAUUCUUUCAUUGUGUGUAACGAGUUCGUUCUUCCAGCCUUUCGCGACAAUGAGUCGACAGCUAGUGUCGGUUGAAUAAUUAAACCAAGACGGAUAUUGAUUGAGUCUCCUUCGGGUUCUUAGGAUUUCCAUAAUUUGAUUCUUAUUCCAUCUUUUAUUCUACUUUUAUUCCAUCUUUUGUUAUUAUAUUUUCUUUCACAUUUCUAAUGUCAUGCGGUGUCUUUGAAUGAUGAUUUCUUCUGAUGCAUUAAUGAAAUCGGACAACCGUGAAUGUCCAAAUUAUCAAAUCAUAGAGUUGAAAUAAUGGCAGGCUGAUCGACUUUUUUUUUAAAUUUUUUAAAUCCCGUUUUUAUCAGUUUCAAUCGAACGUAAUGACGCAAUC